CCCCAGAGUGCAACGCGUUUGCUCGCUUCCUCUCGGUUUCGCUCUCUGCUACUACACACCCCUUCUAAGAGGCCGUGCGCGCCUGCAUCGCUGCCUGGCCCGGUGGCCGUAGCCGCUGUGGUUUGUGGGCGAGGCUGUGGGUUGACCUUUAUCUCCUUCGGCCAGACCUUGCAUAGCGCGCCCGCCUGCGGCGUUUUCGGCUGCCCCUCCUUAGUCGAAGCAGGCGACCAGGGCUCUUUGCCUGCUUUACUCACUCUAGCGCCUGGCAGCACUGACCUGAAGAGAGCUUUGAAAAGGGCAAAGGAAUUUAUGUGCCAAAGAUCAGACAAGAGAAGGAAAAGAUGUGGACGGCUAUCGCAAAAUGCUUACUACGCACCAAAGUCCAUGCAGACUGUUCUCGUACUCUGCUGCAAGCACAAAAGGGCAAAUGCAUUCAUCAAAAGUGUUUCUCUCUGAGCAGGAGGCCUUGGCAACAGUCAGCUGGGACAGCACAGGCAGUUCAGGCCUUCAACAUGAGUGCAACCAUCCAGAAAGUAGAAGCUCUGGAUGCAAGUCAGUAUAUUUGUGUUCACUGGGAAGAUGGGAGUGAGAGCCUUUAUCCUUCUGUGUGGCUACGGGACAACUGCCAAUGCCCUGACUGUUUCUUGCACUCUGCUAAAGCACGCAAGCUGCUUCUUGAAAAUCUGGAUGUCAACAUUGCAGCAAAGGGGGUCACUUUGACUGAGAGCAAAAAGGUGUGCGUAUUAUGGCCAGAUGACCAUACCAGUGAAUUUGAGGCCGAAUGGUUGAAGAAGAGAUGUUUUUCUGAACAAGCAAGGGCAAAAAUACAAGAAGAAUUGUUUUUAUCAGAACGUCAGUACUGGGGUUCUGAUCUACAGCUUCCAACCAUGACAUUUGAAGAAGUGUUGCACAAUGAUGAAAGUGCAUACAAGUGGUUGGUCACUCUUAAGAAGGUGGGAAUUGUGCUGCUAACAGGAGCUGCUACUAGACAGGGAGAGCUGCUUAAACUUGGACAGCGGAUUGGUUUCCUUCGCCUUACAUUUUAUGGGCCUACUUGGCAAGUACAAGACAAAGCGGAUGCUAACAAUGUCGCUUACACAAGUGAGAAGCUAAGUUUUCACACUGAUUAUCCUGUUCUGCAAUUUCCACCUGGGGUUCAGUUACUGCACUGUAUAAAACAGACUCCCACAGGAGGGGAGAGUGAGGUUGUUGAUGGAUUUCAUGUAGCAAACAAGCUUAAGGAGCAAAAUCCUCAAGCCUUCCAAAUCCUGACCUCCACUCUUGUAGACUUCAUGGACAUUGGGGUGGAUUACUGCGAUUUCUCCAUGCAAGCCAAACAAAGAAUUCUAGAUGUAGAUGACAGAGGCCAGGUGGUUCGUAUCAAUUUUAACAAUGCAACCCGAGACACUGUAUUUGACAUACCUGCUGAAAAAGUCAAGCCGUUUUAUGCUGCUCUCAAGGAAUAUGUUCAUCUGUUAAACUCUGCAGAUAAUAAGUAUACCUACAAAAUGAAACCAGGUGAAAUAGUGGUGUUUGACAACUGGCGUUUACUUCACGGUCGACAGAGCUACCAGACAGGAACAGAAGUAUCACGCCACCUUGAAGGGGCCUAUGCAGACUGGGAUGUGGUGAUGUCAAGGCUCCGAAUUCUACGGAAGAAUGUCCUGAAUAGAAAGUAAUCUUUGAAGGCUGGACACCUGGGGACUUGCAGCCUGUACAGAGGUGGGGGCCAGUCUGGGUGCUCUGUCCUGAAGACUAAAUAAUCCAGUGGUUUUUUCCAGACCAUCCUGAGGAAGCUCCUGAUUGACAUAGCUCCCAGAGAUCUUAUCCUAUUCUGUUCUGGAGAUUAACCUGGUUUUUCACCCAAUGGUUGACUCAACAGCACCUAGCUGUCCUUUCCUGCUAACUAGAGCCUAAGCAACUCAUUUUUUUCCUGGGGAAUUCUGAGGAAUGAAACAGCAAAGAUGAUCGCUAGCACAGAAGUGGUAGAAAAUUUUCAACAAGGCCAAGCAAGCAUGGUUUAGAGCUCAUUUGAAGGCUUAUGCUGUAGCAGUGAGGAUGGCAAUGUAAUAUAAACAUCAGUAGUCACAUCUUGUUAAAUGAGUGAUUUUGUCUUGUCGGUCUCCUUUCUUUGCAAUUUUAACUCCCCCUUCCUUCUGCAUUCAUAUUCAGCCUGUGCUAUCACAGCGUAUGGGUGGCUGUAACUGUGACUUUCCUAGAAAUCAUGAAACACAACUCUGCUAACACAUGAAUUCCCUUGGGAAUUAGAUUCAAAGACACGUAAUUUUUUUACUGAAAUGGAGCAGAAUUUCAUAUUGGUUCAAGUAUGUUUCUGUUUUAGCUAGCAAAAGUACAGAAUUCAUAACUGUCCUUUUAAUUUUACAUUUCUUUUUAAUUUCAUAGCAUAUUGGACACAAAUUAACAUUUGUGUUUUCCAUAGAGAAGUUGUUAAUUUUUGGAGGGGAGCACUUUUAAACAACAAAAUGUCUGCUUUUCAGAAUUGUGAAUAAAUGCCUAAACACAUCAUA